CCGAACCGACCGGACUAACCAACCAACCGAACCUACUGGCAACCUUGCUCGAAGUUUGCUUGGACCUCGUCUGCGUUUUGCUGACAUUAACUCUCGGCGCGUCUGUGAUCUCGAUAUGGGGCAUUUUGAACAGUUGCAGGAAAUAAUAGGGCUUACGGUGGCCCUUGUUGAAGAGGAAGAACUCGAGCAUGAGGAAAUACUUCGAGUUGUUGCUGCUGUCAUUGCUGAAGAAAUUAUGGAACUUGAAGAAGGUUUUGUGUUAGAAGGAGGGGAGGCGUCGUGGGUGCACGUCAGCGUUAACCUGGACGACUAUCUCAACAUGGGAGAUCCGUGUUUCAAACUGCAUUUCAGAAUGACGAAGGCUGUCUUUGAGACUGUUUGUGCAACAGUUAGGGAGCAUCUUGUUUCUAAAAACCGACUUCAGAGAGAGAGAACCCCGUUUAUCCAUAUCAUGCUUAUGGUUACGUGGCUACUUGCCACCCCAGAUUCCUUCCGGAGUGUGGCUUUACGCUUUGGCGUGGUGCCUAGUACCUUGUACUACUUCUACAUUUACAUAAUAGAAGCACUUCGAGAGCUGUCGGCCAGGUAUAUUUGUUGGCCCAACGAAGAGGAAAGAGUGGUCAUCAAGAACACCUUUGAGAGGGCUACUGGUUUUCCAGGUGUUAUAGGCUGUAUCGAUUGUACACAUGUCUAUAUCACUGCCCCUGUUCAAGAUUCCCAGCAAUAUGUGAACAGGCACCAUACUUAUAGCAUCAACGUUCAGGCUGUAGUUGACAAUAACCUUUUAGUCCGCCAGCUUCAUGUUGGUGAGGCUGGCAGUACGAAUGAUGCCAGGGUCUUUCGUAAAAGCGACUUGUAUAGAGAUCUACUCCAUAGAGCUCCAGGCAUAAUCAGAAACGUUGAUGAGCACCUGGUUGGAGAUGGUGCCUAUACACUAACUGAUUUUAUGAUGAAACCUUUUCAGAAUAACGGACAUCUUACUGGAAGACAACUUGCAUUUAAUCGAUCUUUAUCUCAGUGUAGAGUUCAUGUUGAGAAUGCAUUCGGACUUGCCAAAGCAAAGUGGAGACGCUUGAAGUUCAUGCAUGCAAGAAACCCACGGAAUGUUGUUGAUCAUAUAGCUGCUUGCUUUGUUCUACACAAUAUGGUGAUCAACUUUGGUGAACCUUUAAUAGAUGAAGCUCAUUUGGCAAUACCAAUUCGCGCCAAUCAAAUUUUGGGUCGAGAGAAUUUUGAUUUGGAUGAAGAGGAUGAUUUAGCAGAUGAGGAUGAGCAACUGAUGGCAGCAGCCGAAGGCAGAGGUGAAGAGAAAAGGUUAAUGAUCAU